AUACGGCUACAGGGCAUCUAGAGGAAACCCCAGGCACUGGGCUAUUAAAUGUGAAGGAAGAGGAUGAGACAGAUGACAUGAAUAGUCAUCAGCCUGAAAUACAUUGGACUCUCCCUGACGAUGAAGAUAAUGCUGAUAUAGUGAAAGUUGAGAUAACAGAAGAUCUGUGUAUGAGGCAUCAGCUGAAAGCCCCAAAUGAGGAAUCUAGUGAUAGUACCAGCUCAGCAGAUGAUGAUAAUCCUAGACAUGACCAGCAUGCUGCUGCUUCCUUCAGUCUUUUUGAAACACAUAAAAGCCACAUGAGAAAUGUGUGCUCUGAAUGUGGAAAACGUUUUACCAGGAAAUCAAGUCUUGUUAAUCAUCAGAAAACUCAUUCAGGAGAGAGACCAUUUUCAUGUUCUGAAUGUGGGAAAUGUUUUGCAGAGAAAUCAAAUCUUAUUAAACACCAGAGCAUUCAUACAGGAGAGAAAGCUUUUUCUUGUUCUUAUUGUGGGAAAUGUUUUGCCUGGAAUCUGAUCUUAAUAAACACCUGA